UAAACCCUAAUAAUCCUCCUCUUCUUCUUCUUCGGUCCACCCACCGCCACCCCUAUAAACCCUGAAAUCAGCCUCUGCUGCUGCCGAAGAGGGAAGAGAAGAAGCAGAGAACGAUGGUGUCCGGCUCAGGUAUCUGUGCAAGGCGCGUGGUUGUCGAUGGCCGGAACCACAUGCUCGGCCGCCUGGCCUCCGUCCUGGCCAAGGAGCUGCUCAACGGCCAGAAGGUAGUGGUGGUCCGCUGCGAUGAGAUCUGCCUCUCCGGCGGCCUCGUCAGGCAGAAGAUGAAGUACGCCCGCUUCCUCAGGAAGCGCAUGAACACCAAGCCCUCUCACGGCCCCAUCCACUUCAGGGCCCCCUCUAAGAUCCUCUGGCGUACCAUCCGUGGGAUGAUCCCUCACAAGACUAAGCGUGGAGCUGAAGCCCUUGCCCGCUUGAAGGCAUAUGAGGGUGUUCCACCACCAUAUGACAAAAUGAAGCGGAUGGUCAUCCCCGAUGCUCUCAGGGUUUUGAGGCUCCAAGCUGGACAUAAAUACUGCUUGCUGGGUAAGCUUUCAUCCGAGGUUGGAUGGAAUCAUUAUGACACUAUUAAGGAACUUGAGAGGAAGAGAAAGGAUAAAGCCCAGGUUGCCUAUGAGAGAAAGAAGCAGUUGACGAAGCUGAGGGUUAAGGCCGAGAAGGCUGCCGAGGAGAAGCUUGGUUCCGCGAUGGAAGUCAUUGCUCCUAUCAAGUACUGAUUCAGUGAUGACAGAAGUAAUUGAAGGGAAGAGGAUUGCGUCAUCUCUGAAAUUUUUGUUUUUCAAUUUUGAUUCCCAGCUGUUGGUUUUUGCUUAUUCACACUGAAAGAUUUUUUUAUUUUAACAUUAUAGGGAAGUCAUUUCCUUUUUCAACAUUAUUGAUUUUCUAUUCUAUGCAAGGACCCAGUGCUGCUUUUUCAGUC